CAGCACCUCCACUUCCACAGGCACGCUGCAAAGGACAAGCUCUGGAUUCCUUUCAAACCUUCCCGUUAAGAUUCAAAGAUGAAGACACUUCAGAGAAAUAUGAGUGUAUUCCAGCAAACCAAAAUUCUUUUGUGGAAAAAUGUACUUAUCAAGUGGAGGAUGAAAAUGCAGAGCUUUCAGGAGUGGAUGCUGUCUCUGCUCUUUCUGCCGCUGAUGUUCACAGUGUGCACGUUCAUGAUGAACAUCCACUACCCCGAAGUGCCUUACAGCUACCUCGGGCAGUUAGAUGAUCCUGCCUAUGAUGCCACUGGGGUCACCAUCGCUUUUACACCCAUCACUGUGACCACAAGGCAGAUAAUGAAUAAAGUGGCCUUGAACUCUGUAAUGAUAGGUAUAAAACUAGAGGCACUGGACAAUGAGAGCGCCCUGGAGGAAGCCUGGAUUUCGAAUAAUGAAAUUAUAGGUGUUGUAUUUAAAGACAACUUCUCCUAUCACCUCAGGUUUCCUACUGAGAAUGUGGCUAUUCCAAAUGAAAACUUUGGAUACAUAGAUAACUGUUACAAUUUCUCAUCGCGGUACUGUUACAGCCCAAGCUAUUGGUACAAAGGCUUCCUGUCCCUGCAGUCCAGCAUCGAUGCUGCUAUUAUAGAGGUGGUGGCAAAUCGUUCUGUUUGGGAAGAAAUGAAAUCAAUUGCUGGUGUCCGUAUGAAGUCCCGGAGCGUCAUCUCCUCGAUUACACUCGAGUACAGUUAUUUCAUGAUUACUAUCGUGAUGUGUUUCUCUCCGUUCAUGUAUUUCUUAUCAAUGAACGUUGUAAGAGAAAAGAAGAAGCUCAAAGUAUUGAUGAAGACAAUGGGGCUGCAGGAUAUUGCAUUUUGGCUCUCCUGGAGUCUGCUGUAUGCUGUUUACGUGAUGGUCCUCUCCUGCCUGCUGACAGCUCUUGUGAUGCAGGAUGCUUUCUACCUCAGCAGCUUCCCUGCAGUCUUACUGCUGUUUUUCCUGUACGGCCUAGCAUGUAUCCACCUGGUUUUCAUGCUCUGCUCCCUCUUAAGGACCUCCAAACUUGCCGGCUCCAUGGGGUUCCUCAUCACCUUUGUCUUCGGAUGCCUGAGCCUCGCGGUGCUGAUAGAAAACCUUCCAGAACUGUUGAAGUGGUUUCUCGGUCUCUUCUGUCCUUUUGCCUUUAAUGCUGGCAUUGCAAAGGUUUUCCAUUUAGAAAAAUAUGGAAUGGGUUUCUCUUUUUCUAAUCUUAUGGAGGAAUCAUACUUUUUAUUUUCAACUUACAUUAUGCUGGUCUUCGACUCAGUCUUGUACAUGCUGUUAGCUAUGUAUUUCGACAAAGUUCUGCCAGGCAAAUACGGCAUCCCCGAUCCCCCCUUUUUCUGCCUGAAGCCCUCAUACUGGGUGCGGAGCAGAAGAGGCUCCACCAGGGAGAUGCCCAGAACUGCAGUGAGCCCCGAGGAGCUCCUCAAUGAUGAUAUAGAGCCGGUGCCCCCCGAAUUCAUGGGGAAGGAGGCCAUCAGACUCAACAAUAUUAAAAAAGCAUAUAAAAAGAAGGACAAGAAGACAGAAGCUUUAAGAGGUUUGUCUUUAAAUAUUUAUGAGGGUCAGAUCACUGCCUUACUCGGCCACAGUGGGGCUGGAAAGACAACACUGUUAAACGUGCUCAGUGGACUCACUCUGCCUUCUGAAGGCUCUGCAACCAUAUACAAUUACAAACUCUCUGCAAUAGGAGAUAGAGAAGAGAUUAGAGAGAUGAUUGGCAUUUGCCCACAAUUCAACACGCAGUUUGAAGUCUUAACGGUGAAAGAAAACUUGAAAACUUUUGCAGAAAUCAAGGGCAUCAAGUCCAAAGAGGUAGAGCGAGAGGUGCAAAACAUUUUGGAACUGCUGGAUAUCAGUAACAUUCAAGACACUCAAGCUGAGAAACUGAGUGACGGGCAAAAACGGAAGUUAUCCAUCGGAAUAGCCAUGCUUGGAAACCCGCAGGUUUUGUUCCUGGAUGAGCCAACGGCUGGGUUGGAUCCUCUUUCCAGGCACCAGGUGUGGAGCCUCCUCAAGGAGCACAGAGCUGGACGGGUGAUCCUGUUCAGUACCCAGUCCAUGGAUGAGGCCGAUAUCCUUGCAGACCGCAAGGCUUUUAUCUCGCAUGGGAGGCUGAAGUGUGUCGGUUCUUCUCUGUUCUUGAAGAAAAAAUGGGGGAUUGGCUAUCAUUUAAGGAUCCAUGUCAGUGAGUCUUGUGACUUAGAGAACGUGACAUCUCUGGUUAAACGAUACAUCCCCAAUGUCAUAUUCUCAGGACACAGUCAAUAUGAGCUGAGAUAUAAACUGCCAUUAGAAAACGUGAAUAAAUUCCCAGAUCUGUUCAGUGGCCUCGACAGCUGCUCUGACCAGGGAAUUAUCAAUUAUGGAGUCAGCAUGACAACCCUGGAGGAUGUCUUCCUGAGACUGGAGGAAGAAGCCACAGUGGAUCAAGAAGAUGAGCGUGUCCUUGGGGAGGAGUGGGCAGAAGCAGGACGGUGCCCCGAUGAGACGGAGCCUGCCUCCCUGCUGCUCUCGGACACCGAGAAGGCAGCAGUUGGUGGCUUGGCUCUCUGGAGGCAGCAGGUCUCUGCCAUGGCAUGGGUGCACUUCUUAAAGCUUAAGAGUUCGGUGAAAAACCUGCGGUCAAUUUUGCUGCUCUAUGUGGUUUUUCUGCUUCCUCUGGUUUUGCAACUGUCCCUGGUUGCUGCCUGGCAGAGUGCGAGUGUUUGGGAGCUCUCAUCCGCGCGGUACUUCUUGCCCCUGGGGAAAAGGGCUCGCUCGGACACAACCAGCCUCCUGGUCCACAACAACACGGGCGCAGGCAUUGAAGACUUCAUCCACACGCUCGAGAGCCAAGAUCUCACAGUGGAAAUAACAAGCGAGGAAAAUAUCACAGAGGAGCUAAAACACAAUGGGGCUAUAAAAGUGUCUCGCAAAGGCCAGAGCUACAGGUUUACCGUGUUAUGCCACAUGGAGGCCAUCAACUGCUUCCCAGUGCUUGUGAACGUCAUUAGCAACGCUCUGCUGAGAGCCCUCAAUUCCACCGUGCGCAUUCGGAUCUGGAGUCAUCCAUUUUUCUCUAUAGAUGAUCUACAAUUCUGGGAUUAUUUUGUUUCUUUUUACCUCAUUUAUAUGCUGUUGUUAUUCCCUGGUUUUCCUCCUCACUUUGCAAUGGGCUACAUGCAGGAUUACAAGGUGGGAGCUCGUGCCCAGCUGUGGAUCUCGGGGCUCUUUCCCUCGGCGUACUGGUGCGGCCAGGCGCUGGUGGACAUCCCGCUGUGCUGGCUCCUUCUCUUCUCGAUGUUUGGGCUUCAGUUCGCAAUGAGUAACAAGAUUUCCUGGAGCAUCGACAGCCUCUUCUUGCUGAUCAUGGGUACUUUUGGCUAUGGAAUUUCUAUCGUUCUCUUCAUCUACUUGAUCUCCUUCGUCUUUCGCAAAGGAUGGAACUGUGAUUUUUGGUCUUUUAUCCUGAUAGUGGUAUGCUUUGUUUCCUAUAUCGUCAGCAGAGUCAUGGAUUUCUUAACCGGCAUUAGAGUCUCCCUCUACAUUUUGUCUCUCUCGAUUCCCAUGUACCCACUGCUGGGUGUAAUGAUCAACUGCCAGCAGAUUUUUAUAGAAGACGCUGAGAAUUUUGCUGUGACUCCAAGGAAUGAUGUACUAAUAGCUGUCUUUGCACCUUAUAUCCAUUCUGUGUGCUUCAUUUUUCUUCUUCGAUAUUUGGAGAUAAAAUAUGGAAAAGCAGUUCUGAGAAAGGAUCCAAUAUUUAGGAUUUCCCCAAGAAGAGAAAGCAGCCACCAGCACCCCAAGGAGCUCGAAGAGGAGGAUGAAGAUGUUAAAGCUGAAAGAGCAGCAGUGAGAAACGCCAUAGCAGCUCCGAGUCAGGAGGAGAAAUCAGUCAUUAUUGUCAGCAAUCUAUGCAAGGAAUAUGAAAUAAAGCAAGCUGGUUCAUUUUUUAAGAAGAAGAAGAAAAUGGCCACCAGAAAUGUUUCCUUCUGUGUUAAAAAAGGAGAAGUAUUAGGACUUCUGGGGCCCAAUGGAGCUGGUAAAAGCACAGCUAUCAAAAUGAUUACUGGAGAGACAACACUGACUGCUGGGCAGGUGCUGAUGAAGAAGGGAGAGGGAGCAACCUCCCACCUCCAGGACCACGCGCCCGCCUUCCUGGGGUACUGCCCGCAGGAGGACCCGCUCUGGCCAGACCUCACCGUGCACGAGCACCUGCGGGUCUACGCCGCCGUGAAAGGGGUGUGCAAGGAGGAUACGGCUGCUGCUGUCAACCGAAUAGUGAAUGCCCUGCAGCUUCAAGACUAUUUAAAAAAAAAAGCCAGAAAAUUAUCUGCUGGGGUAACCAGAAAGCUGUGCUUCGCGAUGUGCAUGCUGGGCAACCCCGCGGUCCUGCUCCUGGACGAGCCAUCAACUGGCAUGGACCCCAACGGGCAGCAUUGUGUUUGGAAGAUGAUUCGUGCUGCCCUGAAAACCAAGGAGACGGGAGCCAUUCUGACGACGCACUACAUGGAGGAGGCGGAGGCGGUGUGCGACCGCGUGGCCAUCAUGGUGUCCGGGCAGCUACGAUGUAUUGGCUCCAUUCAGUACCUGAAGAACAAGUUUGGUAAAGGUUAUCUACUGGAAAUUAAAGUCAUGGACCCAGAGCGCACUGAUCUUCUCCAUGCUGAGAUUUUGAGGAUUUUCCCGAGUGCAGCCCGUCAGGAGCGGUUCCCCUCUUUUCUAGUCUACAAGGUCCCGAUGGAAGAUGCACUGCCCCUGUCUCAGUCUUUCUCCAAGCUAGAGGAAGCCAAACGGAACUUCAACCUCAAGGAGUACAGCUUCUCUUUGAAUACUUUGGCUCAGGUGUUUUUGGAACUCUCCCGAGAGCAGGAGAAGGAUAAUUUUGAUCCGACUUUGGAUGGGACUUUUGAAUGGAAACAACUUCAGCAGGAGGACUGUUAAAGAUCUAAGGUGUUCAUUUACACAUUACUCAGUAUUAACCGAACUGAUGUGAUACUGCACAUAUUUACUACCAUUAUCGGCGUACCAUGAAGAGGAGCAACAGGCUCUGCCUUUCCAGCGAGCAUCAGCUGAGGGCUCCUCUCCGAUGCAGAAGACAUUUCACCUGGACUCUGCAGGUGUCUACACUGACCCCUACCCAAAGUUGCAUUUCCAAUGGGUGGUUGAUGAAAUAGUGCAUGCGCUGGUGAGAGUUCUUGUCAAGCAGAGCAGUGUGCAGCAGAGGGACAGAAAGGUUUGCAGAAAGAAGGGUCAUAACCCCAUCUCCAGGGAUCGAGGCUCUGCUUUGCUCGGUGGAUCUGGGUGCAUCAGGGAAUCUGGACACGCUGCCAACCUUCUGGGCUCCUCUCCCACCAAUGUGUGGGACUAUUUGCCUAUGACGUGUUUAAAUACAUCUUAUUGAAAUAUGCAUUCUAUUUUUAUACCCUUCCAAUAAAUGUCUCUAUA